AUGCCCGCAAUGCUCGACGACCCGGCCGGGCCGGCCAUAUACAGAGUCUCCGGCGAGCCGCCUUAUCCCACUCCCAACUCUCCGCUACCUACAGAGAUAGUCCCUCGAACGGUCACCCUUCGAGACCGAGUAACGACCGCGACACUGAUGCCUUUCUCAGCGGUGAACCAGGUCCCCGUAUCUCUUCUAUCGUACCUCUGUGACCAGCUAAACCGGGAGAUUGAAAAGGGAGAUACAUACCCGAUGGUGAAUCCCAUGCCUCUGGAAUCUUUUGGUCCGUAUUGGUUCCAGAACUUCGGCGCUGUGAUGCUAUUGGGUAAUCUUCAUGACACCUCUGACGUGUGGAAAAUGGAGAGCGAGGGAAGGGAUUGGGAAAAGGACUGUUUGGGAAGCUUCUAUAUCAAGCCGAAUUACCCUGGCAGGUCGAGCCAUGUCUGCAACGGAGGCUUUCUGGUCACGGAUGCGGCACGUAACAGGGGUGUAGGGAGGCUCAUGGGCGAAGGGUACCUAGAAUGGGCGCCCAAGCUGGGCUAUACAUACUCUGUCUUCAACCUCGUCUACGAGACCAACGUGGCAUCCUGCCGCAUCUGGGACGCCCUAGGCUUUAAGCGCAUCGGCCGCGUCAAGGACUGCGGAAACCUCCGCUCCUACCCAGAUCAACUCGUAGACGCAAUCAUCUACGGCCGCGAUCUCGGAACCGAAAACGACGACUACCUGUCCGAGGAGCGGUUCGACAAGAUCCGCUUCUACCUCAAGCACAGCAAGUACCCCUCUGGGGCCGACCGAGCUGAGAAGAGUCGCUUGCGGAGCGCGGCCACGCACUACAAACUCAUACCAGCUACGGGCGACGAGCCGGAGAAAUUGAUGCUAAAGGGCAAGGAGGUUAUUGCGGAACCGCAGAAACAGUACGAAAUCGCUAGGGACGUACACAUCCAGCAGCAUGGCGGAAUCAACAAGACGACAGCUACGAUCGCUGAAAAGUACCACUGGGUCCGGAUCAAAGAGACAGUGAGCCAGGUCAUUAGGGACUGUCCGGACUGCAAAGAGAUGGCAAAGAACCCCUCAGGCCGUUCGGAAGGCUCAACAUUCCCGCGACGCUCGAAUGGCUCGCCCGAGAAUCGGGAGGAUGUCAGGGAAGCUAAUCAACCGAUCGGUAUGGUGGCCGAAGGCUCGUCGAGCGUUCGCGCGCCUUCCCCUUCACGGGUCUCACCAUCAUCCGGUAUGCAACUGCAUCACGAGGCGCAACAACACCAAGCGAUGCCCAUGGCAAGCAUGCACGGAUUCCCUGACUACAGCAUGCCUGUGGAUCCUCGCAUCAUGGAUAGCAUGAACUCCGGCUUCUCAUCCUACGAUCCUUCCAGCCACCAACAGCUCGCCAACUUCCCGCAGCACGGUGAGCAUGCAGACCAGACCGCGCCGGCGCAGUCGCAUGCACUAUCUGGCGCGUUUCCUGGCGCCCAGCAUCCGCAGAUGCAAACAAAUGUGAUACAUCAGCUCGAUAGCAACGCCGCCUAUAUGAUGCCGCCGUCAUUCGCGCCGCAGCAAUUCGGGCCGCAAAAUCACACUUUACAGCCGGAGUACAAGGAUGGACCUUCAGCUUCAGAUGCAUCGUCAGCCGUGAACAUGGGACCGCAGGCUGUGCUGCAGUACCACAACACGGACGCAGAUGAUCUGGCUCGGCAACUCAUGAAUGCUGGUUAUGGCGGGAAGGCGGGGCAAGGUGAGUAUGGUGGGGCGAGUGGGUAUGGGGGUGCUGGAUGA